CCGGAGGAGAGUCCCUCCUUCCCUUCUUGUAAUCGGUGGUUCGGCGCUCGGCCGGAGGCUGCCGGUCGUGAGAGGCGGCUCCCCCCGCCCCCGCCUCGUCCGUUGGGGCGGGAUUCGGCCUUUCAGACGUUAUCGCCGUGAACGCCGUCUGGAGGCUGAGUCCUUUAGUCAUGUUAUUGAAUGGCGUAUCAGUGCUUCACCACAGCUGAGAUUUGGAGUCGGUUUAGCUUUUGAGUCCCUGGACAUUAUGGCAGCAAGCUACACACCUCCAUUUGAUGAUCCUGGGGAGGUGAGAGAGGGCUUUCUAUGCCCCUUAUGUCUGAAGGAUUUGCAGUCAUUUUAUCAACUUCAGUCUCAUUAUGAAGAAGAACAUUCAAGUGAAGACAAAGAUGUCAAAGGACAACUCAGAAAUCUGGUCCAAAAAGCAAAAAAAGCAAAGAAUAAACUUUUGAAACGGGAAGAUGACCGAAGUGAUGGUGGUCCUCAGGAGCGAUAUGAAUCUUACAGCUAUGGUGGAGUGGAUCCAUAUAUGUGGGAACCCCAGGAACUAGGUGCUGUGAGGAGCCAUCUUGCUGACUUCAAGAAACAUAGAGCAGCCAGAAUUGAUCACUAUGUUGUGGAAGUCAAUAAAUUAAUUAUCAGGUUAGAGAAGCUUACUUCCUUCGACAGAACCAAUACCGAUUCUGCAAAGAUAAGAGCAAUUGAGAAGUCUGUUGUGCCUUGGGUUAAUGAUCAAGAUGUGCCGUUUUGUCCGGACUGUGGUACUAAGUUCACCAUUCGGAACCGACGUCACCACUGCCGCCUUUGUGGGUCUAUCAUGUGCAAAAAGUGCAUGGAACUUGUCAGCCUUCCUUUUGCAAGUAAGCUCACCACUGCCAGCAAGGAGGUCUUAGCUUCUCAUACAAGCCCAAACUGCUCACCCAACAGUGUCCAUGGCUCUCGCCGUGGCAGCAUUAGUAGUGUGAACAGUGUAAGCUCUGUCCUGGAUGAAAAGGAUGAUGAUCGAAUCCGGUGUUGCAGGCACUGCAAAGAUACCCUGCUCAAAAGGGAACAGCAGAUUGAUGAGAGAGAAUACACACCAGACAUUGUGAAGCUAUAUGAGAAACUCCGACUCUGCAUGGAAAAAGUUGAUCAGAAGGCCCCAGAAUAUAUAAAGAUGGCGGAAUCAUUAAAUGCUGGGGAGACAACCUACAGUCUUGACCAUGCUAAUGAUCUGAGGAUGGAGGUGCAAAAAAUGUAUGAGUUAAUAGAUGCUCUAAGCAAGAAAAUCCUAACUCUGGGCUUGAAUGAAGAGUCUCAACCUCACCCCAAAACAUUACAGCUUCAAAGAAUGAUCAGAUAUUCAGCAACACUUUUUGUGCAGGAAAAAUUGCUUGGUCUGAUGUCCCUACCAACCAAAGACCAGUAUGAAGAAUUAAAAGAGAAAAAGAAACAAGAGGUGGACAGAAAACUACAGAUGGAGAGACAGGCAACAUUUGACUCACACAGAAAACUUGAAGAGAGGCGCAUGGAUUUUGUUUCCAGAUCAUUGGUAGCAUCCAAUGGAGAGAUUUCCCAUCCAAAAAGAGUUGCACUGAAGAAAGCUGAAGGUUGGUUACCUACUGCCAGCAUAUCUCGCCAGCAGGAAUGUGCAGAUCCCCUUCUUCAGCAGAUUGAUAACAUCACAUCUUUCAUUAAACAAGCAAAGGAAGCAAAUCGUCUAGAUGAGGUCCGGAUGUUGCAGGAGAACCUGCGACAGCUUCAGGAUGAGUAUGACCAACAGCAAACAGAAAAAGCCAUUGAACUCUCCAAAAGGCAAGCUGAGGUGGAGGAGAUGCAGAGGGAACAAUUGCAGAUCCUUUGCGAAAAGGAAUGGGAGAGGGAGCAUAAAAAGAAAAUGUCUCAGCACUCAAGGACACGCUCCCUGGACUUCAGAGAAAUGAAGCACAAUAAAUUAGAGAUUGCACCGCACAGUCUAAACCAAAUAGCACAUGCUUUGGAUCUAGAUACUGCUCUGAUCCAAAGUAACCCAGGCUAUAAAGCAUCUUCUCCAAGUGGGAGUGACCAGAUGCCAGCUGGUGAAAGCCCAGUCUUCCCUGGCCAACCUCCAGGAGCCCAAGAACACAACAGAGUACCAGAGCAAAGUAAGACUAUUGCACUCAACCCUUUUGAAGAGGAGGUAGAUAUUGGCACUUUAAUGGGGAAACCCAGUAAUCCAUUUUCUAAAGACUCUUCCCCAGUGGCUUUCUUGCCCUCCAAAGCCUUGAAUAGUGGUUUAAAAGAAUACAAUCCAUUUGAUGAGGAUGACAACUGUCAGCAAGCGAAUGGAGUGGCUGUCAGUGCUUCAGACCCUUUUGAAGAGGAUACUGGAAAUUCACUUCACAUGGCUGUAGGUAAUCAGGAGUCUGGGAAUCCAUUUAAGUCAUCGUAUCCCUCCACAAAUCCUUUUGAAGUUGAUGAUGAUGAUAAUGAAGUGUUGAGCGAAGAUAUCAUAGAAGAGGAGUUACUUCUCCAACAGAUAGAUAAUAUCAAAGCUUAUAUUUUUGAUGCCAAACACAGUGGACGGAUGGAUGAGGUAGAAGUGCUGACUGAGAAUUUAAAAGAACUGAAGCACACAUUAGCAAAACAGAAGGAGAAAUCCAGCUACUGAAUCAGUGGCUAAAUCUGCGCACAUGCCUUGACAGUCCCAGAGGCCAGGCAGAUGGGAUUAAAAUGAGUAGCAGAUGCAAAAGGGAAUUCCAGGGGUUGUAUCCGAUCUUCUGCACUUUGGUGUUGGGCAUUUUUCAUUAUAUUAGUCAGACUUUGCAAACAUUGUCCACACUACUUAUAAUGCUGUGGUAACCUAAGAGCUGUUUUACAUUUUAAGAUCUAUUUUAAACUUCUCACAACCAGUUUUUAUCACAAGCAGACUUUGUAAGAGCAUGUUUAUGCUCCUUAGCAUCUCCUCUGUUUCUGAUGGUAAAUAGCAGAGGGCUUAUGGGGGAAAUGGAUACUUUCAAGCACUUGAAGUGAGGCAGGAAGUACCUGCCGUCCUUUCCUUGGUCAGUGGUUGCUAUUGCAGUAUUACAGGCUGGCCUGAGCUAGUUUUUCAUUAGCCAAGGGACCAGAUUGUCUUGUAAAUUCUGUGUCAAGCAUGUCUGAUGGAGCCAAGACGGUAUCUUUUUAGCAGAUGUGUUCAACUGCUGCAUGUGUGAAGAACCAGUGUUAAGACAGCAGGUUCCUGAAUUCCAGUGACCUGUUGAAUUAAAAGGCCAAUAAUCUGACUGUGCAAUACAAAAAUAAUAUAAAGGGAUUUUAAACUAGAUAUGGGUAUUUGUGAUGUAAUAGAUGUGUUACCUUUGUUUUAGGAAUUAACCCUUGAACCCCGUCUUGAAAUUAUGAACUUUUUUUCCCUCCACUAUCUGAUUUGCUUUUUUCCAGGUCUCAUCUACAUUACAAGCUUAAAUUGGUUUUAUUAGAAUGGCUUAUUCCAGGAAUAUAUCGUGAAGCUUCUGAGAAUUUUUUUUUAAAAUAUCAUCUCCUGGAAUUACAGUUCCCAGGAUUCCUGGAGGGAUAGGUGAUAGAAAAACCACAAUAGCUGAACAGAUCUUUGCUUGCAGCAUGGUCUUGAAUUUGGUGUUCUUUGACAAUUACUGUAGUGGAAGCAUGUAAUGAGGUCUACUACUAAUGGCAAAUCCAAAUGGGGACCAGUUGCAGUUGAUCUAGUCACAAAUGAUAAGACAAAAAGUUGUAGCUGACCUUCAGUUACCCUGACAAAGCUUGACUCUUCUCAAUAUUGAAAUAUAAGGAAAAGCAAGGAAUAUUUUCAGCUGCUUUGUAUCUAGAAUGAACAAGUGACACGUGUGCUUCAGGAGUGCCCUAGGAUAGGAAACUUGGGCAUGUAGUCCACUCAUGUACAAAGUGGCUCUUCCGUUUCCAUUCAUUUCUUUCAUGGGCCUAUGCCAGCCCUGCUUUAAUAAAUGGAGACACUGAAACAAUAGUGGUGGUGAUUGUGCUGCUUGUUUCCCCAUUUGCAAAGCUGUGAAUGCUUGUCUUCUAGAUUUUUUUUUAAAAAAAUCUUCCAAACAGGAGCUGGAAUAUUUGGGAAAAGUUGAAAUAAUUGCAACAGAAGGGCUAUUGCACAGUUGGUCAGUUUUCACUUGUAAUGUACAAAUUUGGUCUUUUAAAUGUCACCAUUUGAAGAGGAAGCUGGACUUCUUUUUUUUUGAGGGGGGGGGGCAAAGGCCCCAAGAACUCUACCAGUUUUGCUGCAUAAAUCUAGAACUUUUCACUCUCAUUUUGCAAAUAUUGGUCUAAUAGAGAACAAUAGGGGUCACAAAUGAGCAGAACACUACUAAUGUUUGGUUAGUUGAUUGUAAACUUGGUGAUAUAAACUGUUGGGCUACAGGUAUCCCAGAAAAAUGUUUCUAGGUAAGUUCUGUUAUUAGCGGGGUGGGCAAUAAGCUCAAGAACAAAGGCAGCAGUUUACAUACUAAAUUUAUGUAUUACAUCUUCACCUAUUUCUGGUGGGGCUUUAGGCUUUUUUUAAAAAAAUGGGAAAACUGGCUCUACUAGCUUGCUGUAUCCUCAAAAGCAGCUUAUUUUAAUCAGCUUCAGCUGCCUGGGGAAACUGGUAUGUUCAGCCCCAGCACUCACUACAGUAACUGCAAGAGAAAGUGCUUAUGUCUUUAAUAUUUUUUUGGAAGAGAAUUUGUGGUGCUUGUUACAAACCUAGUAAGACUGAGUAUCAGCAAAUGGGAAUACAUGUCUGGUAAAAUGCAGUAACCUAGCUAAUCUGUACUUUUUAAAACAGAGCUCUACAGCUUCUAAUUGACUAUCAGCUAAGGCACAAUGCAUCAUGUAAAGCAGAAUCUAUUUAUAAUGGGCACCAAAUUUACCUGGCGUCCUUUGAUCUAGCCAGCCAAAAUAAAUGUUUCACUGGCUUCACUUUUUUUAAACAUGUAAAGCAUUAUUUGCAUUCUGCCUUGUUUGUAUGUACUUUAUAGCCUAAUAGAUUAAGACAUACUUGUGUAUUGAUGUACUUCUCUCAACAUCUGUGAUGGUUUGUAGCUCCAUGACUGGAAGUCAGUGUGAAAGGUAACUAGCCUUCUCGCUAGGAUAGCGAUAUACCCACUUUCUGACCAGCCUUCCAUUUGUACUACUGAACUGACACUAUGAAACGGAACAAAACCGUGCCAUUGUGAGAUUUAGCAUUAAUGUCUGUUUAUAUACUUGCAUGCACUACUCUAGUUUGCAAGCUUUCUGAUCAAAUGAAAUAAAAUAACAUGUUUAUUUUGUG